UGGACGUACCUAGAGUCUAAUCUCGCCAGUGGCCAAUGUCCAGGAACUCAUAUCGGCCAAGCCGAGAGUCUGUUUAUACUUCUUUGUUGGCGCUUGUCAAACCUCAGAUGUCGAAUUAGGUCCCGACGACUUGUUCAGAUGAUGAUGAUGACGAUGAAUGACGGAGACUGUCAAGGCAGAACUUAUUCCAGUCGCAAUCGGCCUUGUGAUUCAUCCUCCGACGGCUGAAGGUAAGUCCCUGGGAGAUAUAGUAUCUAUUCCAUGUCGUCAUAGUCGUCCAGUGCGUUGGCUAGACGUAGACUGACGUAGUGGCAUCGAGUCCGGAAUUCACCGUGUUGAUAUUCCCCUGCCCACUCGGAUCAGAUAAGCUGCUACCCUUUGCUACCGCCCGGAGGUUAUAGGGGUGAUACGGAUGCAACUGCAUCCAGCCUUCACUGAAGAAACCGGGCAAUCGCUGGAAAUAAGUCAGCUUGUCAGGAGAGAUGGGAGCACUUCCGAGGGACCAAGGUGAUAUACGACGUGGAAUAUGCCCCGAGCGGUGCAACCAGGCGAGUAGCACAGCCUGGUCUAGCCAUGUAAAAAAGCAGCGACUCGACGGACCAGCACCACAUCCUGCUCCAUCUCGGGCUACACAGCCAUCACACUCGAUAGCUCACGAGUUCCCUUUGCACGAAACUCAGUCUUGCCAUCUCGCAUUGAAAAAGGCCAACGAUCCCCCCCAACCGACUCGAGGAUUCUCGUUAUCUGCAUCCUCUUCUUCCCCAAUCUUUUUGUCCCAAAACAGCUCCGCCAUGUCUCUCACUCGCUACACUGCGCCCAUCCCCGAGGGUGCGAAGGUGGUCGAGACGCGCGAGCAGCUCAACCAAGCAGCCAGGGAAAACCCCCAGACUGUCCUGUAUGAUCAGGAUGGUGGCUACAUGCUGAAAGACGAGGACGGAACCGUAAUUGCUGUCGCCGCAGACUCUCUGUGUCCCGAGUUGGACCAGGCCGUCGCCGAAGUCGAGGCCAAACAAGCAGAGAUGAAGCUGGCCGGCGCUACCGGAGACCAAGAUGCUUCAAUUCCGCCAUCUGCCUGACCUAUACCGAUUGCCACGUUUGUUUGCGACACAACCACUGCAUUUGAGCGGGGGUGGCU